AUGGAUCUCACUGAGGAUCACCUGAAGUCGCUUUCAGCGAAAGAAUGGCUAAUUAAAACCGACCCUGGCUCUUCAACUCCCUAUCUCUUUAAAUUUUCCUUCUCAAGAAUAGAUCUAUCCUGUGUCCUCCUGGCUACAGAUACCAAGUCAGUGUGGGCCGAAGUCAUGAAUAGUCAGCAAUUCGCGCGUCGCUGGAGAAAAUACAAUCCCAGCAGUCCAGGCCCAUAUCCAAGUGUGGAAGAAGAAGACGCCUGGCGGGAAGAAGGGCUGGAAUGGCUCUCAAACCUCCAUACCCUCGGGGGCAUUGACCAGGCCGUCUUCGAGGUUGUUGACUCUCACUUUUCGGAUCUUUCUCUGGGGUUGGAUCAUGCGAGCUUUAAAUGGAGAUGGGAAGCCAACAGCGUUGGUUAUCGCUCCUCAGCUGAAAUCAUUUCCAAGCACCUGGUCAUUCCGUUAAUAACCGCCAAUUCUCUGGCACUGUCUUCUCCAGAGUCCAUCGGUGAGAUGGCAGACAGUGACGUAGAAAAGGCGGUCGAUAAAUCGGCACGGGUAGCGAGAAGGCAUGCCGACACCCACGUCAGAAACGCCCUUUCCAAGCCAAAGGCCGCCACAAUUCUUCGACGAAUAACCGCAAUGUUCAAUUUCGCCACAGAACUCCCACCAAUCCUGUCUGUCGCACAAAAACCGGAUCUUGAGCCCAGGUUGCAGGUAGAACCACAGGUGAAACAACCGCCACCAUCACACCCCUCCCCACCCCCACUUGUUGCGAGAGAAGCACCAUCCUCUAAAGCGACCGCUGAUAUUGCAAUCCAUGGUCGGCGUAUGACAUCGGAGUCUCCUCCCCCACAGGCAGCACGUCAGGCCGUUCCUUCCCCAGCUAGAUCCGAUAUGAAAGGUAAAGACAGGGCGGCUGUGCCGGUGGGAUCAGAAACAGAGGACUCUGACGAUGAGCAAGGAGAAGGCUCGGCGCCUGUUUCCAUUCCGAAGGGCCAGGGCACGCCUUCUCCACCUGCAGUAAACGCAGCAGUAUUAACCAAUCAGGACAUUCGGAUGCAUAGUCCAUCGCCCCCGCCACCGUCAAUCAGGAAGCAGUCACUCAGCCCUCCACCUGCGAGUGCGGCAGCAUCAAGUAAAGAGUCCCCAGCGCCGGAGAGAAAGUCUGCAAAGAAACCACGGGUGGAAUCUUCUAGUAACGAUAGUGAUAGCGAUGCAGGUUCGAAGGGACGGGCUGGUUCUCGCGUUCCUGCUCGGAGAGGGGCAAAGCAGCCUAUGAAGCGGGGAGGAAAGCGGUUCUAA